GGAAGGGUGACAGUCGACCCAGGAAAGGACUGCACAAUGAUGCAGCCAGACGAAGGACCGGCUUACGCCGAAGAUCCAUCAACCACGGAAGCAGCAUCAUCCGCAGCAGCCGCGUGGCAGCCGCAGCUGACUUACGAACAUGACGGCACAUCCGCCACACACGCAUCAGCACACUAUCAGCAGCAGCAGCAGUAUCGGGCUUACGAGCAGGCCUACCAAUACGACGGCCAUGCAUACGCCGACGCGGCGCAGAGGCCUCCCGGCCACGGCUAUGGCAGCUAUGACGGAACUCGUCAAAGGUCAGCAGCACACUACGAUUACCCCGCGCAGGCAGCCUAUGAGUCAGAUCCCUCCCACUGGCACACGCAACAGUACCAGCAGUAUGAGGUCGGCAGUGUGCCCUAUUAUCACGAGCAUGAGCAGCCUUCCGCCGCAGCUGAUCCCGUCCCCUCUCCCCCGUCCCCUUCCCACCACCACCCCUCUCAGUCCCCUUCACCCUCACCCUCACCGUCCCCUCAUGCCAGCAGCACUGACCUCGGCUAUGAGGUGCAUGCGGCUGCUCCAACCGCAGUCAACGGCAUGGCUGAUCUAGCUGCUGAUGUACUACCGGCCACGCAUGACGAGCCGCUCACCGACGACAGCGAUGCCGAGGGCCACAUCACUCUGGUCGUCACACACAUUUUUCCAAGGGCGGGCAAGGGAGGCGGUCCGGCGGGCGAGUCGACCGCCACCGAUUCACACGGACAUGCAGCAUCGGGUGGUGAUGCGGCAACGAGGAGGAGCAACUUCGAUGACAGCGGGAGGGACGAGGCCAACCCGCCCGGUACGGAGAUCACGAUGGACGUCUACAGCAUGAGCUCGUCGGCCGUGGUGCGGCCUCACGUGCUGCGCCGCAGCAGGUUCCUGAGGAAAGAGCUGGACGAGCUCGAGAGUGUGCGGCGCGGCGAGACGCCCCUGGAGAUCAAGAUACGGGGGCGCAAGUCCUUCCUCACGGUCGACGGGGUGUGGGGAUGCGUCGAGAGCCUGCUCGACGUCGACCAACAGGCCUUCAAUCCGCAGAGCUUCAGUGGCAUUGGGCUCUUCGCAGUGUUCAGUGCCGCAAAGCUGCUCGGACUGGUGAGGGAGGGAGAGGAACACAAAUAAGCUGGCUCUUGCAAGAUCCAAUCGGGGUCAUCCAUUUGUUGUGGUGUGGUGGUUUGUUGUGUGCUGGCUGGCGUGUGUCAGGAGGACAUGGCUGAGGCCUGUCGUGAGGAGAUCUGCCGCACCCUGUCUGCCGACACGGUGGCCGUGGCCACAUGGCUCGCAUUCAAAUAUGACGACGCCGACCUGCUCGAAAGGCACGCCACGCAGCCACACUGCACACAGCCAAGAGAAGAGCACACACCCACUCUGCUGCCUCCCUCCCUCCCUCCCUCCCUGUCUGUCUGUCUGUCUGUCGUGCCGAUGUAUGGUAUGUCAGGUGUUACUGGUACCUCAAGGACCUCAUCUGUUCGCACAAGGUGCCCUCAGCGUGGAGCGCCAUGACACUACCCACCACCACCACCAGCAGCAGCAGCAGCGGCAGCGGCACCACCGGCAGCACCGGCACCACCGUGCCUGGCGCGAGCGGCACCAGGCUGCUGGAGGGCGGGCUGAGCUAUCGCGGCAUCAGGACGCCCAUGUCUGUCUUUCGCACCGUCGUCGAGCAAGACGCCAUUAGGAAAAAAGCCCUGCUCAAACCACACUCGGGGUAUGUCAGUGAGGCAGACAGACACACUGAAAGAUAUGUAUGUGACUUCCUGCUGUGUGUGCCAUGGUAUGGUUUUGUGUGUGUGUGUGUCGUGCGUGUUUGUAGGUAUUUGUUGUGUCAGAUCAACCGCACCCGGCAGGACUAUGGCGGCUUCCCGCACCACUAUGUGCUGCGCAACGACAGCGACAAGGAGCCCGUCCUGUGGGCGACAGUCAGGGACGAACACUCGGACGUCAGGAUCUUCGACAAAGAGGUCAGCAGCCAACACAACACAACACAACAUACACACACACACAUGUUCAGUCAGGCGUUGAUGGGCCUCGGGCGUGUGUGCGUGUGUAGGGUUGUUGCGAGGCGUUUGAUGCGCAUUAUGUGGGUAUGGUAGAGCCCAACUUUUGGGGCACGUCGUUUGUGGUGCACGACUGGGGCGUCCCGCUGUACCUCAAGAAGGACCGCCUCGGCAAGCAGCUGCCCAUGCCCGAGAGGAAAAAGCUGGUACGUACGCUACCCCCGCAGAUACAUACGAGGGAAGCGAGGCGAGGCCAGCGAGUGGGCCAACACCGAUGAUGUAUGUAUCUAUCUGUGUGUGGAUUGGGUGGGAUGGGUGCAUUGCCUUCCUUCACUGUGGCAGUUGGACGUCAAGUUCGACACCAACAUUCUCGGCGACUGCCCCAGGCACAUCAUGGUCACGCUGGACAGAGAUGGUCAGCCAGUCAGCGAGCACUGCACGCAGAUAGAUAACAUAGAUAGCACCCCAUCAAUGAAUGCCAUCUCUAUCUGUCGCCUGCUUUGCAUGUGUGUAGGAGAGCACUGCGAGAUGGAGAACAUCGCGCCCAAGUGGGACCCGGCGCUCAACUCUUACGCGCUGCCCUUCUACGGGCGGGUCAAGUUGGCGUCUGCCAAGAACUUCCAGCUGGUGCGCAAGGGUGACCAGAACGACAUCAUGCUCAUGUUCGGCAAGAUCUCCAAGGACGUCUUCAGCCUCGACUUCAGACACCCCCUCACAAGACUAGACGCCUUCGCCAUCUCCAUCGCUGCCAUGGCCAAGAAAAGGGCUGUCGCAUGACUUGAGUAGCCAGAUAUGUACCCAAACAGCCAAAGAGCCGGCCAGACGUACAGACAGACGCGUGUGUGUGGAGGUGGCGGUGGUUCAUCGCAUAUACCGACCAUGGUAUCUGUGGGUCGCAGAGGU